UGUUGCUCUAGUUGCACUUUCCCUCGAAAGUAUAACAUAAUGAAAAUGAGAUAUCGUCAAUUUCUUUUGCAGAUAGUUGCCAUUUUACUCACCAAGUCCUUUUUCUUAAUUAGCAGCAAUUCGGACGAUUCUUUAUGUCUUAUAGAAGACUCGUGCUUUCCUGUUGCUGAUUGGUAGACUGGGAUUUAAUAAAAAAAUCUUAGCUUGAAAGUCGUAAUCAGGAAGACGUGCUAGAUGUAGACUUUGAAAAAUUGAAAUUUAGGGGUUACUGUUCUAUUUCUGUUUCUCCCACUGACUUUGGCAGAUGAAAGCUGUCAUAUUUGGGAACCUCAUUCACAUAACGUGAUCUGUUCCCAUUGUAUAGGGAAAUUUGAUAUGGUUUCCAUUUCCUUAAUUCCCUUAUGACAUUGAUCGGAAGAAUUAGACAGUGGCCUUUUGUAUCAAGAUCUUGUCAGGAUCCCUGCUUCAAGGAGAUAACAAAAGAUUUGAGAAUAUGUCAAAACACAAUAGUUCACACAAAAGUAAUCAGCAUUCAAUCAAAUAUAAUAGAAACCAACACAGGUUUCCAUCCUUUGAAGCUGAUCUUCCUUGUGUAAAUCAUAAACCCUCUCUUUCCAGUGAUAAGGCUAAGCAGGGCCACAAAAAUCCUGACCUUAAGUCCCCAGAGAUACUAGGCAUGGCUCAGUUCAUCUCUGCUAUAGGACAUAUAUGGGAUUCUGCAAGUCAAUCACUUUCAUGUGUCGGCUCGAAGGAAAUUGUAAAUCAAGAUGAUAUAUGUUUCUGGAAAGGAAAAGUUCUGAUUAACUAUGGCGAGGACAAAAUUGAAAGGGCAUAUAGUUCAAAUGAUACUAAUUACAGUGCUGUUACUAUGAGGGACGCUAGCCUUGUUUCAUCCUCUAUGCCAGCACACAUGAAUUUCCCUAAGGUGAUGCAGAAAAUAGUUGCGCUAGAAUCUUAUAAUGGAAGUCAAGAUUAUGUUCAUUCUUUAUUUAAGAAAAUUUUGCCGAGCUCUACAAACAAUUCAAAUGAGCCUCGGAAAGCAAAGGAUAUUGUGAGUGAGGAAAUAUCAUUUAAAUUGGGAAGUAUAUAUUGGUGUAUGAGUAAGAAUGCUUCUAAAGUGCUAAAGUAUCCUGUCGAUGUUGCUGAGCCUGAGGACAUAAAAACUGCUGCUCCAGUGGCUGAGGGCUGCACUUCAAUAGAUGCAAGCAACCCUGCAUUUGCUAAUGGGAAUGGUCAGUGCAGCCCUGAUAUGACCAUAUCUGAUGAUCUAUCAUCAUCUAGUGAUGGAAUGCUGAAUGGGAGAAAAUUUACAUCUCUGUCUGCAGACUACUUUCUUGAAGCUGUUCAUGAGAAUACAGCAGCUGUUGGUGUUACUCAGACUCUGUUUCCUAGUAUGUAUUCAGAUUAUCAUACCGAUUCAUUAGCUAUAAGUGAUAGUGCAUCUAUGGGGUGCGAACUUGGGAUUGAUGAUAAGGAAUUGUUAAAUACCAAAGAAACAUACCGCGCAGGUACCGUAACUGACAACGAAUCCAAAAUUGAGGUCUCAGCAAAAGAGAAACCUUAUCAAUCCCUUGCCAAGCACGAACAUGCUUUUUCUGGGGCUUUGGCUGGCGUAUGUGUCAGCCUUUGUCUACAUCCUGUUGACACUGUUAAGACAGUCAUUCAGUCAUGCUGUGCUGAAAAGAAGUCCAUUUUUUACAUUGGCAAAUCAAUUGUUUCAGAUAGAGGUUUGCCUGGACUUUAUCGUGGAAUUACUACAAGCAUUGCAUGCUCAGCUCCAAUUUCUGCAGUGUAUACUUUCACCUAUGAAUCAGUUAAAGCAGCUUUGCUUCCUUAUCUCCCAAAGGUAUCUUCUCUGUUUGUGUCUCAAGUCAAAUGAGUAGUGUCACUUAUGUGUUGGUUCUUCUUUCUGGUUUGUGUAAUGUGUUGAUCUAUUCUCUAAUUUCUUUAUAUCUGGAUAGGGUGCAAUCUAG